CUAGAGGCAUAGGUUGGGCAAUUCUGGACUGGAAUGAAAAGAAGAUGCUCCAGCUUCUAAUUCCACUGCUCAUGGCACUCAAGGGAUAUGCCCAAGAAGAGCCAGACAAAGUUCAAUGUGGCCAGCGACCUGCCUUUUCAAACUCAUCAUCAUUACGAUUUCGUGAACUGUUUGCAGUCCAGGAAGGUGAGUUCCCAUGGCAAGUGAGUAUCCAGAUCUCACGGAAACACCUCUGUGGAGGCUCAAUCAUACAUCGAUGGUGGGUUUUGACAGCUGCACAUUGCUUCCAAAGAACCCUGUUAGAAAUGGUAUUGGGAAAUGUUACUGUGGUCAUGGGAAUCAGAAGAUUCGGCGAUGACCGCUUGGAGAGAAAGCAAGUGCAGAAGAUAAUUAUUCACAAAGAUUAUAAACCAUCCCACCUUGACAGUGAUCUCUCCCUUCUCCUGCUUGCCACACCAGUACAAUUCACUAACUUCAAAAUGCCCAUCUGCCUACAGAUGAAGGAAAGGAUCUGGGACAGGUGUUGGAUGGCAGAGUGGGUGACAGCUUAUGAGUAUGACCAACAUGACAACAUAAACAUGUACCUGCAGAAGAUGAGAGUGCUGCAGAUUAGCUGGAGAGAAUGCAGCAAAAGGGUAGAACAGCUCUCCAGGAACAUGGUUUGUGCUUGGAAGGAACCAGGCACCAAAGGCAAUUGUCAGGGAGACAGUGGGGCACCUAUGGUCUGUACUAGCCAUGGAACCCAGAGGCUCUUCCAAGUGGGAGUCUUCAGUUGGGGCAUAAGAUCUGGCUUCAGAGGGAGGCCAGGUAUGUUUGUGUCUGUGGCUCAAUUUAUUCCAUGGAUCCAAGAAGAGACGGAAAAGGAGAGAAAAGCCUACACCAUCUCAGGAGCCUGGAGAAGCUCCCUGCCUCAUGUUCCACAGUACCCCUUACUGUUGGGUUUGGUUUCUCAAAUGUUGCUUGUCACCAUAUUUACUAGUGAUAAAUCAAGUCAUUAAGCUUUA